UCAGGCGUGGCUCGAUCCAGAGCCUCCGAUGGUGUCUUUGAGAGAGCAGGGUCUUUCCUGUUGCCCGGCUCAGCUUUCCUCUGUUUGGCAUCAUUCACAGACUCCACGUGGAGACCAGACUGCUGCCAGCCGCUCCAGACUUACAUCAGCCUGGCUGUCUAUAGCUGGGAGUUUAGGGGCGACAAAAAAAAAAAAAAAAAAAAAAAAAGAAUUUCAGGAAUUAAUCUCCAGUGACUCUGAUUGCAUCGCACAUGCCGUUCCCUGAAUCAGUCCCAACGACCAGGGGUGUGUGGUGUUCUAACUGAUGAGGCCUGAGGUCAUCGGGGCUGUUGUCAGCUCUGUUCCAGUCCCGGAGGACCAAGAGUCGAGAGUGGGUUGGUUGCUUCGGACAAUUAGGAGAGUAUUGGCAGGAAAAGGAGGCUGGAUGCGUAGGAGCAAGAGUGAUGGUCCCUUCUGCCGGAUCUGCCAUGAGGGAGCCAACGGGGAGAGCUUGCUGUCUCCCUGUGGCUGUACUGGCACGCUGGGCGCCGUGCACAAGAGCUGCCUGGAGAAGUGGCUCUCCUCGUCCAACACCAGCUACUGCGAGCUGUGCCACACGGAGUUUGCAGUGGAGAAGCGGCCCCGGCCCCUCACAGAGUGGCUGAAGGACCCGGGGCCUCGGACGGAGAAGCGGACGCUGUGCUGUGACAUGCUGUGCUUCCUGUUCAUCACGCCCCUGGCUGCCAUCUCGGGCUGGCUGUGCCUGCGCGGGGCCCAGGACCACCUCCGGCUCCACAGCCGGCUCGAGGCCGUGGGGCUCAUCGCGCUCACCAUCGCCCUGUUCACCAUCUACGUCCUCUGGACGCUGGUCUCCUUCCGCUACCAUUGCCAGCUGUAUUCCGAGUGGAGAAGGACCAACCAGAAAGUUCGCCUGAAGAUCCGGGAUGCAGACGGCUCUGAGGGCACCCCGCACUCCUCACUGGCAGCUGGACUCCUGAAGAAGGUGGCAGAGGAGACACCCGUGUGAAGGCCGGGCCAGCAGGGCCAGAGACAGCUGGCGACGCCCUGGUAUUUGGAAGGAUGAAAUUGCCUGACCCUUCCUGCACGGCCAGAAUGCUUUUGAGGCCAAGAGCCACCAAGCGGAGCUGGUUCUGUGAUCCCACACGAAGAUGUUUUCCAAUUGUUUUGCACACCGUCGUACCUGAGGACAGAUGGACGUGGUCCUGAGCUUUGGAUGGAGCAGGCACCCUGAUCUCGUCCUGAGGUCCACCGGCCCCUUGUGGGCCAGCAGCCGUGGCCAUAGGUGAACCAGGGCGCCCAUGGGGCUGGGAGGUUCCGCAAGCUUCUUGCGCUUCUCUGCACCCAGCAGGCUCGCUUUCCUGGCACCCUCGACUUUAUAAAGUUGCACUGCGUUUCAAAAACCCACCCUGAACGAAUAAAAGGAGCCCUUGCUGGACAAAA